CUUUUGUAGAACCAGUGAAUCUUCAAUGUUUCAUACUCUACUUCUCAAAGGCAGCGCUGCAUUUUAAAGAAAAUUAAUAUACCUUCUUCAGAUUAAACAGCAGGUUCUACUCCAAUGAUGCCUCCCAAACAACAAUUUUGGUUGCAAAAUGGCAUCAAUACUCCCUCUUUCCCGAUUCAACAGGCCAGUACCAUUUUCAUCCCACAAAAUGCUACCUGCUCCGGCCGCAACAGCAGUUUCGAUGGAAUCUUCUUCGGAGGAGUGCCCAUGGUUUUAGCACUCAAUUGUGGUGGCUUUCUGCUGCUGCUAUUACUGUUCUGCCUCAUCAGGACGAAGUGUUGCGACCAUGGGCGUAUAGCUCUGGUUGCAGACAAUGCACAGGUAAUGGAGGAAGGACACGGUAAUGGAAAUGCGUCACUUCCAUCUACUGCAGCUGAAAAGGGAUUCUUGUCUUGGAUUCGUUUCACCUACAAUUUGAGUGAUGAACAAAUACAAGCCAAAAGUGGCCUGGACGGAAUUAACUACUUAUCCUUUAAGCGCCAUCUGAUCUUCUUGCUGUUCCUAAUGACUUUGAUCUCCCUGUCAGUCAUACUGCCAAUCAAUUUGAGUGUAAACCUACUAGCCGAUGUUAAUUUCGAAGGAUUAACUAUCAGGAAUCUUCCAAAUGGAAACAGCCUGUUAUGGGUGCACACAGGAGUUGCAGUUAUCUUCUUGAUCCUGACAAUUAUUCUGCUGCGACGUCACACAUCUCAAGUACAAGACAGAAGCAGAGAGAAGACCACAAACACCUUGUUUGUGCGUUCAGUUCCUAAAACAGCAACGGUAGAAGAUAUCAAUGCCCAUUUCAUAGAGGCGUACCCGACCUGCGAAGUUACGGCCGUGACCCUGGGCUAUGACGUGAACAAGCUCAUGAGCAUUGAUCAGGACAGGAUUAAAGCAGGAGAACACCUGCACUACUACAAGUCUAUCCCAGAGAACUCAGAAAAACCUAGGAAGGUCAACCCUCGUGUGUGUGGCCAACUCCGGUGCUGUUGCAGUUCUCAGGAGGUUGAUGCCAUCGAGUUCUACAGAAAUAAAGAACAACACCUCUUGGACAAGAUGAGGGAGGAGCUGGAAAAGGAAUUACCACGCCCCCUGGGGAUGGCCUUUGUGACCUUUAAGACCAAUGCCAUGGCCAAACAAGUUCUGAAAGACUUCAACGCUGUCAAGUGCAAGACAUUCUUCUGCGGAAGAAGGCCCAAGUCUUCAUCCAAAAGUGAAGGUCUGAAAGUGAAGAAUUGGAGAGUCAAAUUCGCAACUUUUGCCAGAUCCAUCAACUGGAAGAAUCUGUCAGUGCAGAGGUUCAAAUGGUUUGGGCGAUUUCUUCUCGUCAACUUGGCCCUCCUGGCCCUGGUCACAUUCCUCACGACUCCCUCCAUGAAUGUGAAUGCAUUGAACAGUGUGACAGUACCCCUCACCAAUCUCAUGGUUCCCAUUCUCAGUCAGUUCUUCCCCACUCUUCUGCUGGCGGUGUUUUCUUCAUUGCUUCCUUCCAUAGUUUACCAUUCUACAUCCUUUGAAUCACACUGGAGCAGCUCCAGUGAGCAGCUGACCACGAUGCGUAAACUUUACUUUUUCCUGCUCUUCAUGGUGCUCAUCCUCCCCUCACUAGGACUCACCAGUAUUGCAGGCUUAUUAGAAUGGCUGAUUGAACGCUUUUUCCACGGCACAGGGACAUUGAGGUUUGCGUGUUUGUUUAAGCCUAACCAGGGAGUAUUCGUGGUCAACUAUGUGAUCACAGCAGCGUUUUUGGGCUCUGUGUUGGAAUUGCUGCGGUUUCCAGACUUACUGGUUUAUAUCUUUCGUUUGAUAUUUGCACGCUCUGCAGCUGAAAGGAAAUAUGUCAAACAGGACCAGGCCUACGCAUCUCAAUAUGGAUCCAUGUAUGGCUGGACCCUCUGUGUGUUCACCGUUAUUACGACUUACAGCAUCAUUUGUCCAAUCAUUACGCCUUUUGGUCUACUGUUCAUGUCAAUAAGACACUUUGUGGACAAACACAACCUCUACUCUGCCUACCUUCCCAACCCCCUUAAUAGCCAUGUCCACAUAGAAGCUAUCAACAUGGUCAUGGCCGCACCCAUCAUCUGCCUUCUGUGGCUUUACUUCUACUUUGGCGUCACAUCAGGUUUCUGGAGCUCCAUAGCUAUCUUCACCAUGGUGUUUCCAUUGAUCACUGCUUUUGUCUGCAUGGCACAGAAGUUCUUUGGCUAUUUCAAAUACCUCAGCCCACACAGCUAUAAGGUGAAAAAAGAAGACAGGGAAGAGGUAGCUGAGGAAGAACAAGAGGUCUACCUUCCUAGGGUGCUUCAUCCUGAAGCACCUGCCCGCACCAUGAUUCAGCAGACUGAUGAAGCUGCAGAUUGCAGCCUGAAAAUCAGAGUCAGUCCAGUGGCUAAAAAUCAGUCUGAUUCAGCAAAAAAUGUAAUUCAUGACCUUUUUGAAGAUGCAGCCAACAGCCAGACCAUCAGAACCAGUCCAGUGGUGGAAGACCCAUACACUGAUGUAGUGGAGUUAAUCUGUGAGACAUGA